CUCUCGGGGAAGGAUCUGGAGGUCCUCGCGGGGCACUGCGCGCACGCCUUCCUCAUGCGUCGUGAGUUGUUGUGCUGCUUCAACGCUGUGUGCGCCUUCAUCGCAAGACAUCGACACGAGCGGAUGCCCCUGUGGGAUGUGGUGCGCAAGGAGCUCCGAUGGGCCUCCCAUCUGGUCUGUUUCUGUUGGCGCGACCCGUCGGCUUCCGUCUGCCCUGUGGCGGUGUCGAGCGACGCGUCGGAGUGGGGGCACGGGGUCACCGUCCUGGUGGGGGACAAGGGCGACAUCGUAGAGGCUAUGAAGUACUCGGACAGGCGGCGCUUUCGAGACGGCUCCGGAGGGGCCCGUGCACAGGCUGCUGAGCUGAUCGAGGAGGCCCUGGCUGGCCACCGCGCCCCUGGAGAGCGAGACGAAGGAGCUGAGCCGGGCGCCGUCGCGGACGGCGAGGCGGACUGGGGCCCCGAAGGAGGCGAUCGAGUCCCACUGGUCCCCGAGAGGCUCCUCAAGGGUAAGUGGUCCGUGGUGUGCUCUCGUCCCUGGCAGCGCCCCGAAGGCAUGCCCGCCCUCGAGACCUGGGCGACGCUCUGGGGGCUGCGUCGCAUGCUUCGUAACUCACGGUGGUGGGGUCGAAGGCUUCUCUUCUUGUCCGACUCGAUGUCCGCCACCCUGGCCCUGUCGAAGGGUCGGAGUUCGGCCCACGGCUUGCUUGGAGCGGUGCGGGCAUGGGCGUCAUCGCUGCUGGUGUCGGGCUGCUUCGCGACCGUCCGCUGGAUUCCUAUCGAGCUCAACUCGGUGCCGAUCCUGGCUCGCGCGGCGGGGCCGCUGCCGGUCCAGGUGCCCCUUCCGAGCGCCCUCUCGGCCGACGGGGCCCUGCUGCGGCGCGGGGCGACGCCGCCGCGGGCGCGAGGGCCGGCGCGGAGUGGCCGGGCGAAGGACUCGGCCGUCGCCCCUGCCUCUCCGCGCCGCGCAGGGAUGCCCGCGAUGGCGCCCGCGAGGCGGGGCCGCCGUAGCACGGCCAUGGCCGCGGCCGCGCGGGCUCCCGCCCGCAGGCGCUGGGCGGUGAGCGGGGCGCCGGCGGCCUUCAACCGCAUGAGGUUCCUGCAGCUCGAGAGUGUCAGGCCGCGGACGCGGGAGCUGUGCCAGACGAGCUGGGACCUCUUCGCGGACUGGGCCCAGGAGCGGAAGCUACCGAUCGAGACGGAGGACGACCUCGAGACGGCCGUGCUGGACUACUUCGACUGCAAGUACUUCGAGGGCGUCCACUCGAGUUUAGGGGGCCGCCUGGUCUGUGCCGCGUGCUACCUGCGCCCGGAGCUCAGCCGCCAGCGCGGUGCGAGGCUGGCCCGCGUCCGGCAAGCCUUGCGGGGCUGGAGCCUGCGGUCGCCGAGCCAGUCGCGCCUGCCGACCCCGUGGGAGGCGGCGCGCCUGAUCGCGGACCUCCUGGUGCGGAAGGACCGGUGGGACAGGGCCGCGGCGAUCGUGAUUUGCGUGAUCUUCUACCUGCGGCCCAGCGAGCUCCUGGACCUGAGGGCCCGCCAGCUGGUGCCGCCGCUGGCCGCCGGCCAGUCGUUCCAGCGGCGCUGGGCCCUGGUGUUGCACCCGAUGGAGCUCGGGCGGCCGUCCAAGACAAGUCGCUGGGACGACUCUCGGAUCCUCGAUCUCGACGAACACCAGUUCUUCGCCCCAGCGCUGGCUCGGCUGCGCGGCCCCGGCGAGGGGCCCGAGCGAAUGCUGUUCAGCUUCGACUGCCCGACGUGGGCGCGGGAGCACCGUCAGGCCGGACUGGAGCCGGGCUUGGAGGCGCUGGGCCCGCCGACCCUCUACGGCCUUCGACGCGCAGGGGCGAGCCUGGACUGCGCGCUGGGUCGCCGCGCGAUGCUCGAGAUCCAGCACCGCGGGAACUGGGCGGCCGCCGACUCGAUGAGGAGGUGCCAGAAGGCCGGGCGGCUGGCCGAGCAGCUUCACCUGCUCGCCCCAGGCGCGCGUCAAGCCGCGCCCCGAUGCGCCGCGCAGAUUGGCAGCAUCCUGGGCGGGCGCUCGCCUUCCUGA